AGAAGCCCUCCUAAGAUCCCACAUAAGGGCACUGCGCUUGCUACAGUGCUGUUUUUGAUUGGCGCCUUUCUUAUUAUCAUAGGCUCCCUCCUGCUGGCAGGCUGUAUCAGCAAAGGCGGGCCAGACGGGCCCGUUCCUGUCCUGAUCGUUGGCAUCCUGGUGUUCCUGCCAGGAUUUUACCACCUGUGCAUCACCUACUAUGCAUCCAAAGGCUACUGGGGAUACUCCUAUGAUGACAUUCCAGACUUUGAUGACUAG